ACCUCCUCCACCAGGUGGUAGUAUCAAUCUGUUGAAGAACACACUUACCUGCAAUACAACUGAAGAAGAAGAAGUAGCAGAAGGAGGAAGAGGGAAAUUUGAAAGACAGUCCUUCAAAUUUGGGGUUGAAAAGUUUGAAUCAUAUAUAUUUGUAUGCCGUUAUCUGACGGAGGUCUGUUUGGGAAGAGUCCAAAGUGCUUUUGUUAGCGGGCUAAAGAGGAUGAAGAGCUCAGUCUCCCUCCUCUCUCCUCCCCCCUCUCCUCACCCUGCCCCUCUCCCGCUCUCCACCUCCCCCAUGGUUCACUGUCCGGAACUCGACCUGUCCAUCUCACUCAGUCCCGCCCCCAAGAUUGGCCCCACACACCUGAAGUCCCGUCCACUGAAGAUCACUCAGCAGCAUGACCACUCACAGCCAAAGCCCCGUCCCAGAGGACAGACGAAGGGAAAGGGGGACUCAAAGGUGAGAUUUGAAGAGCCGCUGGUCAUCACAGUUACACCAGAACCUAACAUCACAGUGAAGGAGACUCUGCCACAGCAACCAAUCAGAGGACAGAGGAGGAGUCGAGGACGUCAUCCCGGUAGUCAAACCCCUCGACAGUGGGCGGAGUCUCCUCCUCAAGAUCCGGGCUGUCUGGAGACUGUGGAGCUAAACACCACUCUUGCUCUGAAGGCAGAGCUUCAGUCUCUGCAGGGGGCAGGGUUUAACACCCAGAGGGCCGUUCAGGAGACGUUACAGCGGUCAGAGAGGACCAAACACCUGAUCAACACCCGAGCUACUGAAGAAGUGAACGUCUCUCGCUCCCAGGCUCUCUUCACCUCAUUGGUCAGCGUAGAUGUUCGGGAGGAGCAGCUGAUCAGUCAGGUGUUGCAGGAUAGGCUACAUCUGGCCCAGCCCUCUUGCCAUAGCAUUAAGGUGGAAGAUGGACCCUCCCUCUCCAUCUUCAUGACCUCUGACCUCUUCAGACAAAAGCCCCUCCCACUGGAGGAUGGGCCAGUCUGCUGCAAACCCCGCCUACAAACACGACCGACAUGUUCAACAUUUGACCUUUUCAAACGAAGGACACGCUACGAGGCCGUGCCCUGAGAGAGAAGUUUUCUAAUUAGCUGGACUUUAUGAUGUUCCUGAAUAUAUUUUUAACAAUCUUUAAAUUAUUCAGCUUAGUUAAAAAUGUUCAUGUACAUUUUGUUUAUUUCAAUAAAGCCUUUUGACCAAC